GGAUUAAGCGCCUAUAUAUACACGCACAUCAUCCAAUCUGCUCACCAUAUUAUCAAUUCAACGCAAGAACCCAAGAUUUUUAAUUUCAAGAAGUUGAUAUGGAGAGCAAGAAAAAAGAUCAUGAACAAAAGAGUCUUAAAAGAACUUCGUACAACAACAGGAAAGAGUGCAUCAAGAAGAAAACUAUGGAACUUGCCACAUUGUGUGGCAUUGAUGCAUGCACUGUUAUGUUUGGAGUUGAUGGUGAGAUUGAGUCUUGGCCUGAAGACCCGAAAGAAGCCAAGGCUAUCAUCAAGAAGUUUAAAGAUUUGACGAGUAAUCCUCAUAAAAGAACAACUGUGAAAGAUGAGUCUCGCAGGAAAGUUGUUGAUGUGCCUGGCGGGGAAGUUGUUUCUUGUCAAGAAAAUUCAACAGAAGUGAAGGGCAGUUUCGAAAACUUCAGUACGAAGAAGGUUUUUGCAGAGAAAGCCGAGAUUGUUGGUCUUGGGAGGAUGGUUGGCUCAUUGUGCUCGAGGCCAUCAUUGUUGACAGAGUAUCAAGAGUGCUUGAAGCAAGUGGAUGAUAAACUAGAAGCUUUGCUAAAGAGAAUAGAGUUUCUGAGAACAGAUCAAGAAUGCGGUUGUAUGGUAAACAAACAGUUGGAUUACUCGGAGAUGGUAAACAAACAGUUGGGUUACUCAGAGAAGAAGAAACGUUUGUAUUACCCAGAGAAUUCUAGCCCGAAGAGGAGGAAAGUAAGCGAAGAACCAGUGUUCCUGUUCGAUCUGAAUUUUCCACCACCGGAUCAACUCGAAGCCUCAUCUUUGAGUUCUGAAGAUUGUAGUGUUCUUCCUAACCGUUAAGGAUAUGUUAGGUUUAGGGGUAGUAGUUUUUAGGGGCUGGAGUCUCUCGUUAGCACAGAGCACAGAGUGCUGUUAUAGUAUCACUGUCUAGUUUGUUGUUACAUUGGUUCAAGUUUUG